AUGAAACUUUUUAUCAAUAUAAUUAUUAUAAUUAGUCUACUUGUUGAAACAAUUAUAAGUGUUGAUGUUUGUGCUAAUAAACAAUGUAAAUGUACAAAAGAUUCUGCCAAUGUAAAUUGUGAUUCAAAAGGUUGGACAACUUUAAAUACUGUAGAAUUUCCUUCAAAUGUUCGUACUUUAACACUUGUUAAUAAUAAAUUGAGCUUCAAUACAAUUGAUGAUCUAAUGAAAAUUGAUAAUUUAACAAGUCUAAUAGAUUUAAGUCUUAAUCAAAAUCCACUCGGAACAAUACCACCAUUUAAUGAUUCAAAAAUUCGAUCAAUUUCAUUACAAGAUACAUCAUUACUAUCAGCUGAAUUUCCUUCAUCUUAUUUGAAUUCAUUUUUAGAAACUAUAUCACUUAGUAAUAAUAAAAUUCAUUCAAUUGAUGAAAAUAAUUUUCUUAAUUUAAAAAAUUCUAAAGUAAAAAAAUUACAUAUGGAUAGUGCAAGUCUUACAGUUAUUCAUCAAAAUGCAUUUAUUCCAUUGAUUCGACUUCAAUCAUUAUCAUUAAAGUAUAAUCAAUUAAAAUCAUGUGAAUUUUUAUCAACAUUAUCUUUACUAUCAUCUAUUAAACUUGAUGGAAAUCAAUUUACUUCACUUCCACAAGAAUUAUCAAUACCAAAAAAUAUUAAACAUUUCUUUUUUACACAAAAUUUAAUAACAAUUAUUGAUGAAUCAUCACCAUUACAUACAUGGCUUCAAAUGAAAUAUACAAAUAUUAAAAUUUAUUUAGCUAAUAAUUCAUUUGAUUGUUGUCAAUCAUUAUGGUUUAUUCGUUUUUUAAAUACAUCUUCUUAUUUUGUUGGUGAUGCUUCAUUAUUAACAUGUGCAACACCAUCAAAUUAUGCAGGAAAACAAUUGAUUAAACUUAAUCCUGAUGAAAUGGAUUGUGGUGGAGUUUUACCAAAUAGAAAAUGGUGGACAACUGGUAGAAUUAUUGCUGUGGUCAUUGGAGGAUCAGCUAGUAUUUUAGCUUUGAUUAUUGUUAUUACGAUAAUCAUCACGACUCGUCGUCAGCACUCACGUUCAGGUUAUACAGAAAUUGGUGGAAUAGAUGAUCCUUCAUCGAGCGAUCCAUUAUUACCAUCUCGUGAACUUCCUUUUCCACCACAUGGUGAAGAUGAUGAUGCUGUUUCAACAUAUUCUAGUGCCCCUACAAUAAAUACAGUUAGAACACAUGUAAGAUCAAAUCUCACUGCUGGUGGAAUUUCAGCAAAUGAUGAAAAUUAA